AUGGACAACAACAAUAAUAAUAAUAAUAAUAAUAAUAAUAAUAAUAAUAAUAAUAAUAAUAAUAAUAAUAAUAAUAAUAAUAAUAAUAAUAGUAUUGUCGAGAAACCAAAGGUUAGUAGUACUCUAUUACCAGAUGCACAUGGUGUUUAUACUGGGGAAUCUAAAAGGGAGAGACUCAAUUACCUUGAGAACGAAGUUGCAUUGAUAAAAGAAGUUAGGGAUCAACAAAGUCAAUAUCUAAAAGCACAAGUCUUGGAAACAAAAGACAAAGAAGCAGAGUUGAAGCAACAACUAUCCUCCUCAACUCUCAAAAUAAUAGAGUUAAAUAAUAUUAUUGAUCAACUAUCCAAAGAGAUUGAGUACCUUAAGGAGUCUGUCUCAAACAUCCCAUGUAACUCAAUCAACAACAACAACAACAACAACAACAAUAGUAAUAAUAAUAGGAAUCCAAGUGAUAUACAAGACACAAACAAGAACAUUAGGAUCUAUGACUACUAUUUGAAGAAUCCGAGAUUCUUCGAGAAUGGAGAAUACCCUCAAGCUUAUAUUAAUGGAUUCCAUGUAAUGGUUAGACUUGCUCCAACAUUUUACAAGAACUAUCGGCAGGUGCUCUACUUGAACUUUGAUGACUGGAUCGAAGUGAUUGGAUUCUCUCCAAGUGUAGGUGGUGGCAAUAAGAAAGAGUACCGGACUUUAGAUAUACUAUUCUUCCAACCUGAGGAAGAGGGAAAGAGAGGAUACAAUCUUCCCAAGGGAUAUGGCCUCACAGGACUGAGAGAAGGAGACUAUGUUCGAACUACUUUCUUUACAACCAAGGAGGAUGGGACAGAAGUAAUCGACACUGGACUUAUUAGUAUUGACAAGUUGGAGGAAUACAAAUUUGGAUUCUACCUUGUUCGUUCAAAGUAUGGAGAACACUUUAUCACAGCCGAUCCAUCAGUCGUGGCCAUCAGGAUGGUUUACAUGAACUACACCUAC